AGCUCGCCAAAACACGACUCAGCAGCACCAAAACGCACGCGCCGACCAAGCACGCGCGCGAAUUCCAUUCGGGGACUUGGCUUCGAUCCGACGAGGUCCCACUCCAACGAGCCCGCGUCGGUUUCGCGGCUGCGCCGGAUCGGUCCAGAAAGGACGGCGGUCGCCGGCGGCGGGGAUCGAGGUGCAUAGCCUCUACAGGGAGCGGCGCCGGGGGCUCGGAUCCACGCGCUAUGUGGAGCUCAUGAGCCGGCCUGCCACCUGUGGAUCUCCUGGUUUCGUCGCGGCCUCCGGCUCGGGCCUCCGAUAGGCGGCGGCGGCGGGUGAGGAGGGAGACGCUGUGGCAUUGGAGGGUGAGCGGAGAUGGUGAGCGGCCACCUGUUCCACUGCCGUAAGAACUCCUGGCCGCCGGAGGAGUACGUGGCCCGGACCGCGCUGCAACUGGUGAGUUGGACUUGGACGGCGGGUCACCACCGGAGCAGGCAUGGCGGCGGCGGCUGAACAGUCACGCCAACAUACUCAAGGAGUUCAGCGUCACAUUCAUGGAAGCAAUGAAGAUGAUGACCCUUGGGGUGAGGCUUUGGUCGUAUGUACGCGAGGAGGCUUCCUACGGAAGGAAAGCUCCUAUUGAUCCGUUCACUAGAGAGAGGUGUAAGCCGUCAGCUUCACAGGGCGUGCCGCUUGGAGGGAUGGGGAGUGGUAGCAUUUCAAGAGGAUUCAGGGGAGAGUUCAAGAAUUGGCACAUCAUUCCUGGUUUAUGUGAGAAUUCACCGGUCAUGGAGAACCAGUUUUCUAUAUUUGUAACACGAGAUGGUGGGAAUAAAAAAUACUCAUCGGUAUUGGCUCCUGGACAUCACGAAGGUUUAAAGAAGUAUAGCGACUCUGGAAUAUCAUCAUGGGACUGGAAUUUGAGUGGUCAACAUUCGACCUAUCAUGCAUUGUUCCCUAGGGCCUGGACUGUUUACGAUGGUGAGCCAGAUCCUGACCUUAAAAUUUCAUGCCGCCAGAUAUCGCCAUUCAUUCCUCAUGAUUACAAAGAUAGCAGUCUUCCGACAUCUGUAUUUGUGUACACCCUGGUGAACACUGGGAGAGACCGUGCAAAAGUAAGCCUGCUGAUGACAUGGGCGAAUUCUAUUGGAGGUUUUUCGCAUCAUUCUGGAGGACACUUCAAUGAGCCCUUCAUUGGGGAUGAUGGAGUGUCAGGAGUGCUUCUGCAUCACAAAACAGCAAAGGAUAAUCCUCCAGUUACUUUUGCUAUUGCUGCCUGUGAAACUCAGAAUGUGAGCGUGACAGUCUUGCCUGUUUUUGGCCUGUCUGGAGAAAGGCAUGUUUCGGCGAAGGAAAUGUGGGGUACAAUGUCAAAGGAUGGUCAGUUCAGUCGGGAAAAUUUCAAUGCUGGUUCUAGUAUGCCAUCUUGUUCAGGGGAGACACUUUGUGCGGCUGUCACUGCAUCUACUUGGGUGGAGCCACAUGGUAGGUGUACAGUUGCAUUUGCUUUGGCUUGGUCCUCACCUAAAGUGAAGUUUCAGAAGGGGUGCACAUAUAACAGGAGGUACACCGAAUUUUAUGGAACUUCUGAAAGAUCAUCUAUUAAUUUGGUACACGAUGCAUUAACAAAAUAUAGACUUUGGGAAGAAGAGAUCGAGAAGUGGCAAGACCCCAUACUCAAGGAUGACAAACUUCCAGAAUGGUACAAGUUCACCCUUUUUAACGAGCUGUACUUUCUGGUAGCUGGAGGGACUGUUUGGACAGAUGGUCAACCUCCAGCGAUCGAGGGAAAAUCAAGCCCUGCUUGUAACCAACAGAAACAUUCAAAAAAGGGUGCUAAAUCGGAAUCAGUUAAAGAUAACCAUAUCAAGCCAGACGCAGAGCAAGUCUCUACUGGAGAUGACCUGCCUGAUUGUGAAGAGCGUAGUGUGUCAAUGUAUGCUGCGGUUCAUGGAUCACAGAUGCCUGAACAAACCAAUGGGUUGCAAGAACCAAUUCCUUACCUAAUUUCCAAGGAUGGCCCUGAAAAUGUUGGAAAAUUCUUGUACCUGGAGGGAGUGGAGUACAUCAUGUGGAAUACAUAUGAUGUGCAUUUCUAUGCUUCUUUUGCUCUCCUUGAUUUGUUCCCCAAAAUAGAGCUGAGUAUUCAACGUGAUUUUGCUGAUGCUGUUCUGUAUGAAGAUCGGCGGAGAGUCAAAUUUUUGGCUGAUGGUACCUCAGGAAUCCGGAAAGUCAAAGGUGCUGUUCCUCAUGACCUAGGAACACACGAUCCAUGGCAUGAAAUGAAUGCCUACAACAUACAUGAUACAAGCAAAUGGAAAGAUCUAAAUCCCAAGUUUGUACUCCAGGUAUACAGAGACUUUGCUGCCACAGGUGAUAUGUCAUUUGGUAGAGAUGUCUGGCCUGCAGUCUGUGCAGCGAUGGACUACAUGGAUCAGUUCGAUCGAGAUGGUGAUGGUAUGAUUGAGAAUGAUGGAUUUCCUGAUCAAACCUAUGAUGCUUGGACUGUUCGCGGAAUUAGUGCUUACUGUGGUUGCCUCUGGCUUGCUGCACUCCAAGCUGCAGCUACAAUGGCUCAUCGCCUUGGGGAUCGCCCAUACGCUGAAAAGUACAAGCUGAAGUUCAUCAAAGCUAAAGCAGUGUACGAGGCAAAGUUAUGGAAUGGGUCUUAUUUCAACUAUGACAGUGGUACAAGCAGCAAUAGCCUAUCCAUUCAGGCUGAUCAGCUUGCAGGACAGUGGUACGCCGCAUCGUCAGGCUUGCCUCCAAUUUUUGAUGAGUACAAGAUAAGAAGUGCUCUCCAGAAAAUAUUUGAGUUCAACGUUAUGAAGGUAAAAGGAGGACGGAUGGGAGCUGUAAAUGGUAUGACUCCCAAGGGAAAGGUGGAUGAGACAUGUAUGCAAUCUCGGGAAAUCUGGACGGGCGUUACAUACGGCGUUGCAGCAAACAUGUUGCUCCAUGGAAUGGAGCAUCAAGGUUUUAUCACUGCAGAAGGAAUAUUUCUAGCCGGGUGGUCAGAAGAUGGAUACGGGUAUUGGUUCCAAACACCAGAAGGAUGGACGACAGAUGGGCACUACAGGUCGCUGAUAUACAUGCGGCCUCUUGCUAUCUGGGCAAUGCAGUGGGCAUUGUCACCCCCAAAGGCGAUCCUUGAGGCACCCAAGGUAAAUCUGAUGGACAGAAUACACGUAUCUGCUCAAGCGGCCCGGGCAGCCGGUGAGAUAAACGUUCGAAAGAUCGCGCCUGAUAAUAGAUGUAUCCCCAGCUCUACGUUCCAGUGUGAAUGCUAACCACGGGAAGACGGUAACAUGCAACGUCUGAUGAGUAACUCAUGUUCUUUUCUCGGCUUUUACUUGGCCCCCUCCAAGAUCCAGUGGGGUUCAGGGUUUUUCCUUUAACCAAAGGGAAUACCUAUGCAACAGCGGAACUGGUAGCUCCAAAGAGCUCUUGUUGUAUAAUUGUACAGUAAACUAUUAAAUCUCCUCGUUGAGAAGUUUGUACA